UUUCAGAACAUUCAAUCUGUGAUGAGAUACUGAGUUUUCAUUUUAUAAUUUGCAAAUGAGCUUUUACGCGAUAUUGAUUUUUCAUUGACUGAAGUGCGCAUAAAUGUCAACUUUCGAUAAAGUAUCAGCCGAUCAAACGUCUAUAAAAUCGAUAAAAUCAAGUAAAAUACCGACAGCAAAAACCAACCAAAAACCCCACAGUGCUAACAAAUCGGUAGUUCCAAGGCCGAGGAAACUAGAAACUGCUGUCUGUCUUGAACCUGAUCAGAAAACUUCACCACAGAUUCACUCUGCUGCACCUCAAGUUGCCAAAAACAGCCAAACUGCUUCAAAAAUUCACUCCAGUGAAAACUUACAGAACUCAAACAGUCACAGAAGAGCGUUUGACGAUAAUGCUAUAAACCGAGAAGCAUUAUACGGAGAUCUCAGUUUUGAUCUCAACUCAAACCACGACGAAGAUGAUGAUGAGGAGCUAACUGAAGACAUUUCAGAAAGUUUUCACGUCGAAACAGACACCGACGUUUCAUUCACGAAUAUUGCCAAACUAUUCCGGGAACAAUCUAAACAGAAGAUGUACAAGUCGGCUGUUCACAGCCAGCAAAUGUUCCCGAGACCUGUUAUGUCGAAAGUCAUCAAUUCCGUAGCGCAACCAGUUUCCGAUUUCUAUUGCAACGUGACUCAUCAUCAUAAGUUAGAAGACGAAUUGACCGCUUUGCAGAGCAAACUGUACGAUAUUCAGUGCAAUGAGAACCCUCUGGAGUUACUCGAACUAAGAAAACAACUAAAAGAAAAGGAUUCGAAAAUCAGUCAACUUGAAUCCACAGUGUUAACUUUGUCUGGUGGAUCGCGUUUGAAUGAGGGAACUUCGAUUGAUGCUGCGUCAGAGAAAGUCUCGUUGGAUUUGUUCAAAGCGAGAGUCCUCUCACUCACAGCAGCUCUCGGAAGAUACACAACGUCAGAAAAGGUGAUUGAGAACUACCUGGAGGGCAAAUGUGGUCUAGACCGAGUACAAGAAUUGGUCUCGCGUGCUGAAAGUGUAAACCAGUUGUCAGCUGAGUCCAGUCAUCUGGAACAGGAAAUUGAGAAGAACCAGAGUCAGUUGGAUCACUUGGAGGGGUUGAUCGCUAAAUGUGAAGACCAAGCGGUCCAGUUGGACAAUCAAAUAAAAACAAAAAUGUCGAGCCUAGAAGACAAAGAAGCAAAAUGGCAUCUUUUCCAAAAACAGGGUCGGGAAUUCAGUUUCGAAAUCGAAAAAGCAGCUUCCGAUCUAGAAGAGACGAGCUCAACAGUUGAUGUUCUGAAAAAAGAAAGCAAACUGUUGGCUGCAGAGAAAGCUCAAAUUAAAUCAGAAUUAUCCGAGUUGGAGACAAAUCUGCAGAUAAAACAGAGUGAAUACGACAGCUUACAGAAAUUAUGCGGAGACGCCUGCACUCUGUUGAAGAAAGCAAGGUCUGAUGAAACAGAAUUGCAUGAGGGCUUAGAGGAAUGCGAGGGUUUGCUGGAGCGAAAAGAAAAUGAACUACAAGACUUAGAGGAUCAGAUUGAUCUAUUGACAUCCGAACACAAUAUUGCCAAAUCUACUUUCUUGAAGCAAGCCAAGAAUUUGGAACUGGUCACGCAGGAACUUGAAUCUGUCAAAACCGAGCUCAAAUCAGCAAAAAAUAGUUUAGAAGCAGUGAAUAAAGAGCGAGCCGAAAAAUGUGACACCUUAGAAUCCGAUGUGAAGAGUUUAGAGAAACGCAAAGUAGAAUGUGAACAAUUUCUGAAGAGUGUGGAUGAAAAAUACCAGAAGUUGUGCUCACAAGCUGAACAACAGGCUGAAAAAAUAAAGAAAUUGGCCAAUGAAAGCGAGGGAGCGAUAACCAGACGAAACUACCUGGUUGAGCUGAUGCAGUUAGAGGAAACUCAACUAGAUGGUCUCAAAACACAGCAUGGAGAAAGAAUUCAACAACUUCAAUCGUUGCAAGCUGAUCUCAAUGAAGAGCGCAAUGAGCUAGAGAGGCUCAAGAAGGAGCGUCUAAGGGCAGAUCAACAAAUUGCUCUAGCAAAAAACAACGCACAGGCUUUCGAAAAGGAAUCAACUGAAAUUGAAACAGAGAGGGAGAGAGUCAAACUUUCUAUGGCUGAGUUGGAUAAAAGGAAAAGAGUUCUGGAGUCUGAGAUUUCACAGCUGGAAUCAACUGUCCACAGCAUAAAACAAAAUAUUGCUCAUGCCGAAUCGGAACUUGAAAAGAUUAACGAACAAACUGAGUUACAGUUGUCAACUAAGCGGGAAAUCGAAGCCCAUAUUAAUGACUUGGGUAAGGAAAGGAUUCCACUGCAACACAGCAUCAAAACCCUUCAAUCGGAAUAUUCAAAAUACUGCGAAGCUGCAAAAUCACUAGCUGGGGAAAUUGACAACAGAUCUAACAAAAUCAAACAAUUGAACGAAGUUAUCUCAGAACUGAGCCAACAGAUUCUCAGGGAAGAAAAACUCUUGAAAGACAAGCAAGGCGAAUCUGAAGAACUGAGAAGACGCCAAGACUCGUUCGAGGAACUGAAACGCAAACUCGAUGCUGAGAAAGCAAUUAGGCAGGACCUCGAAAACAAACUGAAUGAGGUUGAAAAUCGACUGGCCAAAGUUCUAGAAGAAACUGAGUCUACAAAAAAAUCUGAAGAGAAACUAUUCAACAGGAAUAGCCAACUGAAACACACUGUUUCAUCUCUUAGAAGCGAGCUUAGUGCGGCUUUAUCGUCGAAAAGGAAUCUUGAGGAGGAUGUUGAGACAGCAACAAACGAGAAGUUGGAGCUCAAAAUGCAAAUCGCCGAGUUGGAGCAUAAAAUGGAAAACAAAGAAUUCACAUUACCUUCUACGUUCUCAAAUGAUCAAAUACAGAGCCAUUUGGAUUUGGAGCUGAUCGAUGUGUCAUGCAGCUCAAGGAAAUCCAUAUUUGACGGAUAUGACUGUUCCACCCCGAAGCCUACAACGCCAGGACUAAGCAAAAAGUGCACGUCAGCAACAGAAGCUAAGCAACUCCUGCAGAAGCAACUGGACGAGGCAGAGACGAAAUUCAGCAGACGCAAACCUUCUUUAUCACUGAGUGCUUCCUCUAGAUCGAGAGACCAACAAGAACAGAACAAUGCAAUAUGCCUGGAAGUUCAGCACUAACAUAUUCCACGGAAAAUUUUGGCAAAACUUGAUUUUGAUUUUUAUGUAUGUAAAAUAUGUACUCAAACUCAGGGGCGGAUCUAGGAUUUUCUCGAGGGGG